UGGAACGUUCUAUAUAGGAGGGUAGUUGAGGCGGGAAACCUCACAACCUUUAGAAAAAGUAUUUGAAUGAACACUUUUAAGUGUCAUAACAUUCAAGGCUACGAGCCUAGUGUGGGAAGAUGGAGCUGGUGUAAUAUUUAUUGGCGAGGCGGUUCUGGACCCGGUGAGGAGGCGAGGCGGGGCGUGGGGAAAUUCCCGGCUGAAAGGUUUACCGAGAGGCUGGACAAGGCCGGUUAUCUCCAGCCUUUUGCUAUUUUCCCGAAGAGAACUCCAGCUCCUGAGCACCGUGUCUGUGUGUUAGAGAGAGAGAGCGCCGGCCGCUGUGCUCCAGCAGAAACAGAUUCUCUGGGCUAACUCCGCUGAACGAAGAUGACAGUUACUGUUCCUCUGAUCUCCGUUCCACUGCUGGAUGUUAUUGCCACAUGGACACUGAGCCUGGCCAUGUACCGCUGGGGCCUGGCUGAGCCAGUGCUCGCUCUCUGGCUACUCUCACUGCUGCGUGUGGGCCUGCUGGCUGCCUCACUGCAGGCCUGCUCACUUUCCCGGUCCGAGCUGCCGGCCUGGCUGCAGCCCACGGAUCUGUCCUGGAUGCUGGUCAUGUCCGGCCUGCUCGCACCAGCCUACGUCAGCCUGGCGAUGGCCACCGGCCUCCCCUCCACAGAGAUGCUUUAUGGGCUGCACAACUGGAGUGCCCUGGCCCUCAACUACGCCAGCACAGGCCUGGUCUUCCUCCUACGCUGGCACUUCUUGCCUCCAGGCUCCAAAGGGCAGUCCGCAGGCGAGGCAGGAACCAAGGCCACCGUGUCCCAACUGCUGACCUAUAUGAGGCCCGAUAUCGGCCGCUUCCUCCUGGUGGCGCUGUUCCUGGUCCUGUCUUCACUGGGGGAGAUGGCGAUACCCUAUUACACUGGCCGGAUGACCGACUGGGUGAUGAAUGAAGACGACCCUUCAGCGUUCACCAACUCCAUCAUUGCAAUGUCCUUGAUCACCAGUGCAAGUGCUCUGACAGAGUUUUUCUGUGACUGUGUCUACAAUGUUACAAUGACAGGCAUCCACACACGUAUUCAGAGCUCCGUGUUUCGAUCAGUGGUGCGGCAGGAAAUUGCUUUCUUUGACACUGUGCAUACAGGUGACAUCACAUCCCGGAUCACCACGGAUACAAACACGAUGAGUGAGUCGCUGACAGAGAAGUUGAGCCUGUUGAUGUGGUAUCUGAUGCGGGCUGUCUUUCUCCUGGUCUUUAUGGUCAAGCUGUCCUUUAAACUGACCUUGUUCAGCAUCAUCGGCAUGUUCUUCAUCGGUAUCAUCCCUACGUACACUGGCAGAUACUACCAGAAACUGGCAGUCGAGGUUCAGGAAUCCCUGGCUAAGGCAAACGAUGUGGCGAUGGAAACUUUUACCUCGAUGAAGACUGUGCGGAGCUUUGCCAAUGAGGACGGCGAGUCUCGUCGCUAUAGUGACCGGCUGGAGGACACGUAUCGCCUCAACAAGAAGGAAGCAGUAGCCUACGCUGGCUUCAUGUGGACAAACAGUGUAAGGACCUUCCUAUUCCCAGGGUCAGGGACUCGCUCAGAGUCACCUCUGCCCCAUUUUCAGAACGUGAGCUUUGAGCUGAAGUGUGGUAAGGUGACGGCCCUGGUGGGACCCUGUGGUGGGGGCAAGACGACGUGUGUGAAUCUGCUCGAGAGAUUUUAUCAGCCUCAGUCUGGACAGAUCCUGCUGGAUGGUAGACCCAUCGAGGAAUAUGAACACAAAUAUUACCACAACAAGGUGGCACUGGUGAGUCAGGAGCCAGUGCUUUUUGCUCGCUCGAUGGAGAGGAAUAUCGCAUACGGCCUGGACAGGGAGCCACAGCAAACCGUGCUGGAGGAGGCAGCGACCUGCGCUGAUGCUCACCACUUCAUCACAGCACUGCAGGAGCAAUACAAAACCGAUGCCGGAGAGAAGGGCAAACAGCUCUCUGGGGGUCAGAAGCAGCGAGUGGCCAUUGCCCGAGCUCUGAUCCGACAACCCCUUGUCGUUAUUCUCGACGAUGCUACCAGCUGCCUGGACGGAGUCACUGAGAACACGGUCCUGCAGUCUGUAUACAAUGGGAAUCGGGAGCGUGCAGUGCUGGUUAUUGCUCACCGCCUCAGUACCAUCGAGAGGGCUGACCACAUUGUGGUAUUGGAGGCUGGCACGGUGGUGGAGGAGGGCACACACCAGGAGCUGCAGGACAAGGGCGGAUGUUACCAACGGCUGCUCCAGAAACACUUCCAGGGCUUUGGAAACAGGACGGCAGAAGAAGAGCCCGAGCCAGUGGAGAACUGAGGGACUGCGUCAGGUCCAGAAGCAGGAGACCGGCUUUGAGGUCGCAGUACAGACAGACUGAUGGAGACAGAGAUAGGGACAGAGAGACUGGAUGUGGACAGACAGUCAGACAGACAGAGACCUGGGCAGAGAGACAGACAGACAAUGACACCACAUUGAGACAGACACACAGGGAUAGACAGACUGCCCAAGACCGGAUGUGGACAGAGAGACCGAGAGAAGCCAGUCACCAUAGACCAAUUCAAAAACUGAUGGAGCUGUCAUUCAGUCAGAGCCCAGGCUGGGUGGCUGGAAAUCAAUUUUUAUUAUUUUACAUGCUGCCACUUCUCGACUUUUUGUAAAUUCUCCACAUUGUGAAUUGCCCGUGAGUUGCAUUGUCAUUAGAUUCUUGGUGUUUAGUAUGUUUUUGAUUGUAGAUACUGUUCAAUAAAUGUUGUCUGUGUAAUCCCA